AUGAUCCUGGCUUCCCAGUUGGUUUUCUUCGCCUGCAUCUGGAUCACACUGAUGCCAAAUGCUUCUGCUGUUGCUGAAAUCAAGACACCCCACCCACGCUGCUCCUCUUCAAUGGAACAGACUCGCAAACAAGAAAGUAGAAUGAGGAAGGAAGACAGUACCAAAGUGUGGCCCCUGAAAUAUAAGCAAAUCCUCCACAUAGAGGACCAUGAUUUUGCAAUGAGACCUGGAUUUGGAGGGUCUCCACUGCCAGUGGGUAUAGAUGUCCAGGUUGAAAGUAUUGACAGCAUUUCAGAGGUCGACAUGGACUUUACAAUGACUUUUUAUCUCAGGCAUUACUGGAAAGAUGAAAGGCUCGCCUUUCCCAGCAAGAACAACAAAAGUAUGACUUUUGAUCAUAGAUUAAUCAAGAAGAUUUGGGUGCCUGAUAUCUUCUUUGUCCAUUCUAAGAGAUCCUUCAUCCAUGACACAACUGUGGAGAACAUCAUGCUGCGUGUCCACCCCGAUGGAAACGUCCUCUUCAGUGUCAGGAUAACUGUUUCAGCAAUGUGCUUUAUGGAUUUCAGCAGGUUUCCUCUUGACACUCAAAAUUGUUCCCUUGAACUGGAAAGCUAUGCCUACAAUGAGGAGGAUCUAAUGCUGUACUGGAAACAUGGAAACAAGUCCCUGAACACUGAUGAGCAUAUUUCCCUGUCUCAGUUUUUCAUUGAGGAGUUCAGUGCAUCCAGUGGAUUUGCUUUCUAUAGCAGCACAGGUUGGUAUAAUAGGCUUUUCAUCAACUUUGUGCUAAGAAGGCAUAUUUUCUUCUUUGUCCUGCAAACCUAUUUCCCAGCUAUGUUGAUGGUAAUGCUUUCCUGGGUUUCAUUUUGGAUCGACCGAAGAGCUGUCCCCGCAAGAGUUUCCUUGGGAAUCACCACGGUGCUGACCAUGUCCACCAUCCUCUCCGGGGUGAGUGCCUCCAUGCCCCAGGUGUCCUACAUCAAGGCUGUGGACGUGUACCUGUGGGUCAGCUCCCUGUUUGUCUUCUUGUCGGUCAUUGAGUACGCAGCCGUGAACUACCUCACCACAGUGGAAGAGCGGAAACAAUUCAAGAAGACCGGGAAGAUUUCUAGAAUGUACAGUAUUGAGGCAACUGAAGCCAUGGCCUUUGAUGGUUGUUAUCAUGACUGUAAGACUGACAUGGACCAGACUUCCUUUUCUCUACACUCAGAAGAGGACACCUUGCAAGGAAGAUGCAUAGGCCAUCUCAGUGCAGACUCACCUCGGAUAAAGAGGAGAAAAUCCCUGGGAGAGCAGGUUGGUAGAAUCAUUCUGGAGAACAACCAUGUCAUUGACACCUAUUCAAGGAUUUUAUUUCCCACUGUGUACAUUACGUUUAAUUUGUUCUACUGGAGUAUUUAUGUUUGA